AUGGUGCUGCCGUGGGGAGUUGCUGAGAAGAAACAAGAAGAAACAAAUGAGCCGUUUAGGGAAAUGAUGACGCCCAGUUUUAUUGAUGAAAAUAGCGGCACGCAAAAAUAUCAGCCACCAGAAGCAAUUGGUGCCAUCGAUCUUGCAAAUUUCAAUUGUAGAGGCUUAUACGAAAGCUUUCGGAAUGCGAGAUUAAAGCAAACCGAUGAUUAUGUGCCGCCCGACAUCAAUGAAGAUCAUUUUCGAGAGGAAAACGAAUUCUAUGAACAACACAUCUUAUUUGAGUGCGACGACGAAACAUUGCAGAAUUUUCCAAAUGAAGUGCUGGAUGCCCAACUCGACGAGCGACUUAUCAAUAACAUCAAAACUCGUCUUCGCAUCAAUUUUUUCAACGCGCUUCAAAUUCGCGCGAUUCCUGUGAUUUUGAAAGGCUUUAAUCUUUUGGUAAUGGCACCAACCGGAAUCGGAAAAACUGCGGCGUUCAUGAUUCCUGCGAUUCAGAAAGUUCUCGAUAUUAAAAACGAUGAACCUCCAGUUUCGGAUGCCGUUCCUUCGCCAUACGUGCUUUCAUUAGUCAAUACUACUAAUCUUGCUGAGCAAAUGUACAGUUACGUGUCAUCGCUUUGCGGAAUCAACUAUGGUACUUUAAUCGAAGAUGUGUACGUAGAUGCAUACAUCGCUGGUAGGCGAUUUCAAAUGAAGAGUAAAUGCGAUUUGGCUGUGGCAACUAUAGGAUGUUUGAAAAGUCUUCUCGAAUCUAAUUCGGUCAGUCUUCAUAAAUUAAAGCUUCUCAUUAUUGAUGAGGCUGAUCUCAUGACGGACGAGAGUAAAUUUGGUUGUGAAGUUCAAGAAAUUUUCGAGAAUUUGCCGCCGAAUGUUCAAGAAACACUUCAAGUCACGUUCUUUUCGGCGACUUAUGACAUGUGCGAUGGAGGAAUCAAACUAAACGAGCUUCAGAAUAUUCUCUUUCGCGAUAAAACACCGUCUGCGAUUUCCGUUCCCAUUGUUCCAGGCUUCAUCACACAGAGAAUAGUGGAGAUUAGAACUGAACCGCGACGAGACCGCUUUAUGACAGAUCAUGUGUUUUUCCGCAAAGUGAAUUACAUUAAGGCUCUCAUUGAUGACGAUUUGGAGCGGACGGACUGCAAAAAAGAAGGGCCGUAUAAAGAAACGAUCGGAAUUUUUUGCGAGACGAAAAAAUGCGUGAGCAUGGUGACAAUGAUGCUUCGACUCGCUGGCUACAAUUUUCUACCAUUGAGCUCCUCAAUCGAGAAACGUCAACAAAGGCUAAACUUGAAGCUCGUAAAGAAGAAGAUCGUCCAAGGAUUGGUAUUCACGAACAUUGCUGCGCGUGGUCUUCACGUCGAUUCCCUUCGUCAUAUUAUAAUCAUGGAAAUGAACUCCGAUUUUAACGUUUAUAAGCACAGAAUUGGACGAACUGGUCGCGCCGGUCAAGGAGGCAAAGCAACGGUUUUGAUAAACCCUCUUGAUUAUCGUUUUUCGAAUCAGUACAUUCUUCUAGAGCUGCACAAGUUUCUACUAUCUCAUCACCAAAUUAUACCCGAUUGGCUUAGCGAUUUUGUUCAAGGCUAUUUGAGCGAGCAACUCCCCUACCUGGAGCCGGAAAAUAUCGAGAACUCCGACAUAACCCACCUGUGA